AUGGAUCAGACAGAUUUACGGACCCAUGUGAGCCCUCAAGAUGUUGUCAGUUACUAUCCCAGUACCUUUACAAGUCCUAAUCCUUGUCCCAAUUCAAAACCCAAUCCCAAUCACAACUCCACAUCCAAUGCAAGUACCAAACGAGGAGAGCAGAGCCCAGAAAAAGGAACAGAGGCUGUGGGAAAACCUAUGCAACUCCACCUUGAUACCAGCCAGUUCUUGAUUGUGAGUCAUGAAGAGGAGAAAAAGGUGGAAAUUAUUGAAGAGGGGCUGAAAAGAGAUGAUGAGAAGGGAUUUCCCACUUCUCUUCUUAGAGGAGAAUACAAUGAGGAGGAGUCUGCAAGAUCCUUCCAGGAGGCUCUCAGACAGUGGAGAGGAGAGACGAUUGAUGGAGCAGGAGUAUCCAUGAGUGAGGAUGCAAUGUCGAUACCUGCUCGACCAGUACCAGUGUCAGCUAUGGCGACUCAGGCUGACCUCCCUCAAGACAGAGAAACUGAAGGACAAGGAAGAGGAGGGGGAUAUGAUAGGGUACCUGUCAGGGUGGAGUUCACAGAAAACAGCCUUACCUACAUGGACAGAUUGCUUCUCAAGAAGCACCGCAGAACACCAAUUGAAACGUAUGAUCCUUCAUUGGCCUUUGGUCCAGAUUUAAAAUCACUACCUAACACAAACACUGAGGAGGAGAUGUGCACGUUUAUAGCUCAGGAGGAGGAGGAUAUUCGCCACUACUGUGCAUCAUUGUUUGCUGUCCCUGUCAGCAGGGGCAGGACUGAGGCUCAGAUUACUACACCUGAACCGUGCCUUGUCAUAGAAGUCCUGGAUGAUACAGACAGAGACUUAAAUGGAGUCUUUGUUGCUGAACAGAGGACAAACAACAACAGAAAGGUAUCCUUGUUUCAGCAGGUCUCCAGCAAUGGAACAACACUGGUACCCCAAACAGCUUUAACAAAUUGUGGGUCCUUGAGAGUCAGCCAGUCUUGUCCCAGUCCAACACAACCAUCCAGACAGUCUCGAGCACCCAAACAACCUAAAACAGCUCAGAAGCUCCAUCUGUCUAAGCCUCAGACUUCCCAAGCAGAACAAUCAAUGAAAUUAUCCUCUAAACAUAUACCAUCAGCAUGCCCCACUGCUGAGACUCCAAGGACUUCACAGACAACAAUGAAGACAUCAACCUCAAAGUCCAGUUGUUGCCUCUCUGUCCAGAAAUCAAAAGCUCAAAAUUCACCACAACUUUUGUCCUCAAUACCACAUUCCCAAACUGAGAUCCUUAAAUUCUCAUGCUCCCCUCUCUCAUUUCCACAUGAUGUGUCUCCUUUGGCUGAGUGUAUCCCAUCACUUUCAUCACAUCCCUUAAAUGUCAUCCAGAAACCUCCUUUAGCUGUGAAAAUGGAGGAGGAAGAUGAGCUAUCAAAAGACAGUGGAGAUGAAAUGUCCAGCGAUAGUCUGGGUCUGGCUCCACAUGAGGAAGGCUCUUCAGAUGAAGAAGCACAGUUGAACAGACGUUUAACGAGAGGGAGAUCUAGAGAGGAAGAGCAAAGGAAUUCUGCCAUAUCUCAUCUAGAAGGUUCCUUUGUUCCUACAGAUGCAAAAAGAGAAAAAGAUUUGCAGACUGAUGAGCCAGAACAGCUGUCAGAACCAUCCAUGGUGAUGCACAACCAGAUCGCUGGGUCUGGAUCAGAGCAAUUCUGUGAUCUGGAUGGGUUUUCCUCUCUCGGUUUGGACUUGAAUUCUGGACACUUUGACUCAUCUGAACACACAUACUGUGACCCACUGCGCACACGGCAAACUUCGCCACAUGACUCAGACCCAACAGGGUCAGAGUCUCAUGGACCAAGCAACAGCCUCAGUACCUACAGUGAGAAACCCCCGGUUUUCAAAAUGAUGGGUUACCAUACGCAGCCAACUGGAAUUCAAAUUCCCACAAACACACCCACCAAGAGAGGAGAAAUAUCAGCAAAUGAAUUAGGAACAUCUGGCAAGUGGUUUCGUCGGUUGUCCUGGGCAGUCCAAGAGAUCAUGGAGAUCUGUAGUGUGGACCAGACUGGUUGUGAGGACCCUGACCUGGACAAUGACACAACUGCACACACACUCCACAGUCUCGAGCAAGAACUCCGGAUCCUGGCCAAGGAAACAGGGACGCAUGCUUCAGUGUUUGGCACAAGAAACAGCGGAAGUCAAGAUCAGCAUGGGAAUCAGCGUUUGACAGGGGACAGAGUCAGAGAGGAACAAAAGGAAGAGGAGGAGGCUGCACAGACAGACUGGCAGAGUGUCCUCUCACUACCCUGA